AUGGAGGAUCUUGAUCGCAUAAGGAAAUUUCGAAGUCAGGCCAGGUCGUCGAUAGCCCGAACGGUGAACGAUCUGAAGACGCUUUUGACUACGACCCCUCUUCCCAGAGAGCAACUGAAGCAAACCUUGACGGUUCUGGAAACGAAGUGGGCUACCUUGAAAGAAAAGGACCGGGAGGUUCAGGGUCUCAUACCGGAGGAAUUGAUAGAGAGCGAGUGUAAUUCCUGCGAUCAAUACCUCGAGUCAGUCACUGCGAUCAAGUUCCAAGUGUGUUCCGCACUAGACUCCACGACCGCAUCCCGAUCUUUGGCUCCCGCAAAUGACGGCGUUAAUGCUACGGGACCUCGACGAUCCUCCUCAGGAGAUCGAGGUCACUCUACCAGAGUCACUCUACCGAAGCUGCGGAUCGACACCUUUAGCGGCGACCUAUCUAAAUGGCAGGGGUUCUGGGACCAGUUCCGUGCGAGUAUUCAUGAAAACGAACGUCUCACUGAUGUCAACAAGCUGAAGUACCUGGUUUCUCUCGUUUCUGGGCCAGCAGCCCGUGCCAUUGAAGGUAUCGCAAUUAGCGAUGAGAACUACACGACUGCCGUGGACAUACUUCAGAAGCGAUUUGGAAAGGACGACCUUCUUGUGACCGAAAACAUGGGGCGCCUUUUCGAGUUCAGGACUGUUCGGUCCAGCCCCGACGUAAAGGGGUUGCGUGAGCUCCACGAGACUGUUACAGUGCGCAUCAGAAACCUGGAGAGCCUAAAUGUUACGACAGCACAAUACGCAAUUCCGCUUCGGCAGGUCAUCUUGAAGAAGAUUCCUAGAGACAUCGAAAUGGACUACCGAACCAAGGACAAAGGCAACUCUUUAUCAUCCCUACUAGAUUUCCUGGAGAAUGAGAUUGAAUGUCGGGAACGAGCCCGAAUGGAGGCAGAUGACGUUCCCAAGCGCAAGGAGCCGACCCCAGCCUCUGCAUCUUCGCUGACAGCAACCGCGUCGUCUGUCUCAGAUCCAGCACCUGCAAUGGCUGCCUCAAGCACCCCUACGUGUGUGCUUUGCAAGUCCGGACAGCAUCGAUUGGAGGGAUGCACUGCUGGUUUGAGCCCUGAGGCAGUACGGCUAAUCCUGCGCCGGGAGGGCAGGUGUUUCCUUUGCGGAAGACAGUCGCACAUAUCGAAGGAUUGCAGGGUAAGGCGGGUCUUGCAGUGUGAUCGCUGCCAUAGACGUCAUCUGACUCAGCUGUGCCCCGGAGUCAACUCAUCCAGCACUGAGCAGUCCCUGCAGUCGUCUCAGUCUACAGCACAAGAGCCGUCGACGGUGCAUGCGUCUACGGGAACUGUUGUGACGUCUCUUUCUUCAUCCUCUGCCGUUUUGCCAGGCGCGGCGGUCCUUCUGCAAACAGCCAAGGUGUGGAUUGAAGGAACUGAUGGCCGGAGAAGUCUCGCACGCAUACUUCUGGAUGGCGGCAGCCAACGCAGUUUUAUUCGACAGGAUAUGUCGACGAAGCUCGGAUGUACACUGCUUCGAUCCGAAGAUUUGCAUGUUGGGGCCCUUGGAAACACUGCGUCAAGCUGCACGAAGUAUCGAUGCGUGCGGGUUAUCUUGCGCAGCCAAUUUUCGGCAUCAUGUAUGGCAAUCGAGGCGGUUGAAUACCCCGACAUCUGCUCCGAUGGAUUGCCUGUUCUCGAUUCGCACUCAGCGCAACACGUCAAGAAUAUGGGUCUACAGCUUGCUGACGAGCCCUCAUGUCCCACCGAUAUUUCAUUAUUGAUUGGAGCGGACUUUUAUUGGGGAGUUGUGACUGGAGCAACCGCCCGUUUAUCAGAUUACCUGGUGGCUGUUGAAACUCUGUUUGGGUGGACGAUUCAAGGCUCAGGCAGAAAUGCCAGCGGUGGUCACUGUCACAUCCCGUCGGUUCAUGUUCUCCAUGUUGAGGUGCACAAGGAAGAUACCAACGUCAUCGACCAGCAACUCUCCGCCUUUUGGGAGUUAGAGCAUUUGGGCAUAAUUGAUCGCCACCAGUCCGACUCCGACGGUGACACUGUCCUACGCAAGUUCCGGUCCACAGCGCAGUUGUUAAACGGUCGUUACACCGUGCGCUUGCCUUGGAAGUCGGAAGCGCCUGAAGCAUUGGGUGACAACAAGAAGCUGGCGGUCCAGAGGCUGGAUAGUACCAUCAAACGAUUACGGAGAGACCAAACGUUGCUGGAAGAAUAUGAUUCCACCUUACGUCAGUAUUUGCGUCUUCAACACGCUGAACGGGUCCUACAACCGGAGUUGGUGGCCGGGCCUCUCUAUUAUAUGCCGCACCACGCAGUCAUCCGAAGGGACCGCGAGACAACAAAGGUUCGAAUUGUGUUUGAUGCCUCGUCGAAGGCUCACGGUUCUCUCUCUCUCAACGAAGCUCUUCACGCCGGCCCUAACCUUAACCCUGACGUUCUGCAAUUGCUGUUGCGGUUUCGAUCUUAUCAUGUGGCUCUCACAGCGGAUAUAGAGAAGCCGUUUUUACAGAUCGUGCUGGACAGUGCUGACCGAGAUUGUUUGCGUUUUCUGUGGUAUGCCACGGCGCCACGGGCAGGCGAACCGUUGCCCCCAGCAGAAAUUUGGCGCAUGACACGAGUGCCUUUUGGAGCCAAGUCCAGUACCUUUCUUCUUGCUGCCACUAUACGUCACCACCUGAGAGCAGCAGAAGAGACAUACCCACGCACGGCGUCCUUACUUUCCAACCAUUUCUAUGUAGACGACCUCGUUGUUGGUAUGCCAUCGCCGGAAGAGGCACUUACUGUUUACCACGAGUCGCGGCAAAUCUUCCGCGACGCGGGCAUGAAACUGGUUAAGUGGACGAGCAAUGAUGCUCAUCUCCGGGCUACCUUUGACGCCGAUGGGACAGGAAGUUCGACCACGUCGCCACUAAGGAAGGUCCUAGGAAUUGUUUGGGAUAUCGAGACACAUGAAAUUCGGCAUCCGUCAAUAUCAGAGUUCCUGGAGCAACGGUCGAAUACCAAACGGUAUCUACUGCAAGCAGUGGCUCGCAUUUAUGAUCCCUUGGGCUAUGUGGCGCCUAUCGUGUUGACAGCCAAGAUUUUGCUACAACGGAUUUGGCUCUCCAAGAUGAGUUGGGACGAAGAACUACCAGAAGACCUGAUGGGAGUGUGGUCGUCUUGGUGCCAGCAGGUGCCUUUAUUGCCUCGCGUCUCGUUACCACGGCGGCUCGGCGGGAAGAUGUCGGAGGGCAGUAUCGCGCUGCAUAUGUUUUGCGACGCGAGUCCGCGAGCAUACGGUGCGGCCGCAUACCUGGUGACGCUCGACAGGGACGGUCAUUACAGUGCGGAUCUUCUUUUGGCAAAGUCUCGGGUGGCCCCGGUCAAAACGGUCUCCUUACCGAGACUCGAAUUAAUGGGUGCCGUCAUCGCGACCAGGCUUAUGAGAUUCUUACAGACGACGUUAUCUCUGUCCACCGUACCCACUGUGUUAUGGACGGACUCUGAGAUAACACUCUACUGGAUUUACGGAUCGACGAACGACUGGAAACCUUUUGUACAGAACCGGGUGUCGGAGAUACGGGCUGGUACGGAGCCUAGUCAGUGGCGCCACUGCCCCGGCAAAGAAAAUCCCGCGGAUCUUCUCACGAGAGGCACUUCAUGCCUCCAAUUGCUGAACAACAGUGUAUGGUGGCAGGGGCCCUCGUGGCUUAUGGAACAAAAGUUUUGGCCUCCAGCAUGGCGUACUCCGGAUGAACCCUGCGUCGAGGUACGAAACGAAACAAAGGCCCAGACGGCGUGCUGCGUACCCAUCUUGGCUACUACUACAUGGAUGUUGCUACAGUUCGCUCCACCGGCUGCUGAGAGUUACCGCUUGGGUGUCAAGAUUCCUGCACAACUGCAGGCAUACCACAGCCGAAAGGAGGGGACCUUUGACGGCCGCCGAGGUAGUUGCAGCGGAAACAUACUGGGUCACAGCGGCACAGCGUCAAAUUUUCGGUUCUCAUCCCGCGGUGCACAAGUCCUUACAAAAUGUGUCUGUCUUCCAUGA